AUGACUCCCAAAUGGUGGCGAAAUCACUCGCUUCCAGGAUCACUCGCUUGCAGAGCUCGCAAGCAUAUAAUAUCUCCUACCCCAACGCCCUCCGUGUUUCCUUUCUCUUUUUUUCUUCUUUCCAUACUGCUUCUGUAUUUUACUACCAAGCUCAAAACAUUCCAAAGUAUUCCACAUCCCAUUCUCACAAUGCUUGCUAAAAUCAUUGUCAGUAUUCUCUCCCUUUGCGGCCGUGCCCAGAAGGAGGAAGCCGAGUUAUUGCCCAUGGUGCGUUGUGACUUCGGUUGCGACGUACACGUUCAUGGUAGAUCCGCCGACGAGUGCUCGAAGCCUCGCGAACCAGAGAAGGUGGAAGUGCCGGAGGUCUCGAAAGAGCACGGUAGCUUCUGCAAGUUCAAACACGAGGUGAGUACACUCCUCAGCAUCAGGGUUCAGGAGAGGUGUCUGUCAAAAGCGCCUCUUCAGGCCCCGGAGUUGCCCCACAACCGCAGGGAAUUCAGGAGGCCUCGGCGUGCGAUAGGUUGGGAAGGCCGCAUGGGCAUACCUCCUCAGGAUCUCGUAUCCACGCACGUCAAGGUCUCCAAGUUGAGGUUCUCUAACGAGCAUCAGGUGCAGAAGUACGAUGUUCAUGGCCCGCCGUGCGUCGUCCGACGAGCAGAACAAGUUGGAGGUCUUCGGGCUGGCGCGUUCGUGUGGCCGGAUGGCUCUCUGUCUUUAGGCAGGGUCCACCCGAAAGCCAGAAACCGCACGAACGCGUCUGAUGUUUGGUCUACCCACGGGCACAUGGUAAGCUACACCUGA